AUGGAUAUUCUAGGUUUGCCUGCAAAUUUUACCCGACAACUUCGCCACGUGGAGAGAGCCUCAUCCUCGCCGAGACUCUCCUCCGCCCGUUUGUACAUGGUGACACAUCAGCAAGCCCUAAGUGCUCUCGCAGCAUUCUCUGCUCAUGUACACAUCUGGUAUCCUAUCUUCCGCCCAGGCUUCUCGGAGCAGUAUUUCCGGGUUAUAUCAGGUCCCUUGAUUCCAUCUCCCGAAUCUUGUCUUACACUACUAGUAACAGCGAUUGGAUUGGUGGUGCACAGCAGCAUUAAUAAUGCUGGUGAAGCGCAAUCUGAGCACACGAGUGAUCCUUACUUCGAGGCAGCCAUAGCGUCCUUGCCCCUGGUACUCACAGACGAUAGCAUAGCUAGCGCUCAAUGCUUGAUUCUGCUGAGUAUCUACUACUGCUGUCUCUGCAGGCCAUGUCAUGCACUUGACUACUGCCUUAUUGCAUCGAUCAAGGUGCAGAAUUGUUUGCAGAAUGCUGCAAAUGAAGACCACGAGACAAAUGAACGACUAAUAAGAGCAUAUUGGGUGGUACUACUCUUGGAAAGCGAAUUACGAGUACAAUUCAGUGCCCCAGAAAGUGGACUCUGGAGAUUGGAUGAUGAGAUAUCGCUGCCCGACAGCCGCACCACUUGGCACUUUGAUAUCGACACAGGCUCCCCUGGGGCAACAGCGACACCUUCCAGCAUGGUCUCCACGACGAGUGCGUCGACGGAUAAAGUGCAAUCGUAUUUCUUAGCCGAGAUAGCAAUGAGACGCAUGUUGCAUCGUUGCAACACCGCCAUUCGCCGUACAUCCGAUGGAAAGAUUUCUUACGCCCCAGGCAUUGCAGUCGAACUCGAGCUUCAGCUCGAUGAAUGGCACAAGUACCUCCCCGACCUGGUCCGUUUCGAAAUUGAAAAAGAUGUCGCCCAAUCGGGCUCGGAUACUCAGUUGGACGGCAUGGAUUCUUCUGAUUCCUGUCCACUGAGCAAUUUCUUACGCGUUCAAUAUCAUUGCUGCAAAAUCUCUAUUUACUGGCCUGCGAUCUAUCAAGUUAUCAACGAAGGAUCACACGAUAACCAACUAUCAGAUCACUGCCAAAGAUUCUGGAAUUCUUAUAUUCAGCUUGUACCAAGCAUCAUGGCUGCUUUUCAAGAGUGCAUCGUCAACAGGUGGACUUUAUAUGCGAGCAUUUUCAUGACCACCAUGGCUGCCUUGAAAGGUUCGCUGUCAUCUUGUUUGCAAGAUACUGUAGACAUGACACAGCUGGGACAGUCUUUUGCCAUGACGAGAACAGCUGAGCGGCGAAUGAUCGAAAUAAGUCCAUCUCUGACACUUCUUGCCGACACCUUAGCACAGAAGCUUGCCAUAGAGUCCAACUCGCCUUCAGUUGUGAUCACUUCAGAUGUCGCGGAGCACUGA